AUGCUCUUUGAAAAACCUAAACAUCACCAGCAGAGACUAAGUGAAUUUCAAGCAGUAAUAUUAGCUGGAUAUGGAAGUAGUAAUAGAUUGUAUCCCAUUUCAGAAGAGGAUAAUUUACCAAAAGCAUUACUGCCGGUUGGAAACAAGCCUAUUAUUUCAUAUACUUUAGAAUGGCUCGAGAAAGCGGGAAUUCAUGAGGCUAUUGUCGUGGCUAAUGCACAACAAAAACUGUCAGCUUAUCUUAGAGGAUAUACAGGAAAUGUUCAUUGUACAGUAGCCACUGUUGAUGAAGAUAUCGGAACAGCAGCAGCUCUGAGAACCAUCAAGGAUAAGAUUGAUAGAGAUUUUAUUGUGAUUCCUUGUGAUCUUAUCACAGAACUCAAUCCACGCGACUUAUUAGACGCGCACCGUGUCUAUGAUCCAACAUUUACAGCAUUAUUCUAUGAACCUGGGUCCACUGAAGCAUUAAGCAAAGAUGACGGUAACAACAAGAAGCCACUUCCUUAUGUUGGUAUUGAUGCUACUCAGAAUGCCUUGGUUUAUAUGGCUCAAAGAUCAGAAGAUGAAGAUUUUUCGAUGCGCAUGUCCUUACUGAAAAAGUUCCCUCGUGUACGUAUUCAUACAGACUUGCAAGAUGCCCACUUUUAUAUUUUCAAGAGAUGGGUGAUAGACAUCGUGGCUGAUAAAGAAAAUGUGGAAAGUAUCUCUGAAGACUUAAUUCCCUUGUUAGUCAAAUGCCAAUAUCAAAGAAAAUUAGUAGAGAGAGAAAACAUUGAAAAGUAUUCAUCCUCACACCAUUAUCUUCUUGCCAAUGCUCUCUCACUUUCUACAACACAGUCCAUUGGUAUCAAUGAUUCCUUUAGCAAGGACCCCAUCCAACCAGACUUUAAUAGUCCCAUCAAAUCCUACGUGCACGUUUACCGGGGCGGUUUCUGUGGCCGUGGUAACACGAUUGCAAGUUAUAACGAAUUGAAUCGUUAUGUCACAAAGCAAGGCGCAAGUAUCAUGCGUCAACCUGCAACAGCAGAGAUUGCGCCUCGAACUCAAGUAGGAAAUGAUUCGGCUGUAGGCGAAUAUACAAAGAUCGAUGAACGAUCCUCUGUUAAGAAAUCAUGUGUGGGUGCUCAUUGUGUUAUUGGCAAGAAUGUAAAGAUAGCCAACUCAGUUAUUAUGGACCAUGUGGUGAUUCAUGACAAUGUCAAGAUUGAUGGUUGUAUUAUCUGUAAUCAUGCAAAGAUUUUGGAUAAAGCCAGUCUGAAAGAUUGUGAAGUAGCAGGAGGAUACACAGUGGAUAAAGAAAGUCAAUUGAAGGGAGAAAAAUUAGUCUCCUUUAGAGAAGCCAUUUGA